CUGAUCCCAAAUUGCGCACCUGCGCGCCGCUUGGAAUCCGCUCGCUCAUUGGCUGGCUGGAUGCUCAGCGGUCACGCAGAAAGUUCAGCUGCACUUUCCUCCGCGUAAAGUGACGGUGAGCGCUGUCGUAACCCCACUCGGGUAAAUGGUGCUUCUCACGGGGCUCAUCGAAAAUGGAGUUACUAGUUCGGUAUCUGGACAGGAGCAACUCUAUUGGCUCUGACACAACUCAAGAUCUUAUCAAGGAAGAGAGCCUGAGAGAUGACCUGAGGUACUACUUCAUGAGCCCCUGUGAGAAGUACAGGACCCGUCGACACAUACCCUGGAAAAUGGGGGUCCAGAUUUUGAAGAUUGUCAUGAUCACUACUCAACUCAUUCUGUUUGGCCUCAACAACCAGCUAGUGGUUGCCUAUAAGGAGGAAACUACCAUGGCCCUGAAAAACCUUUUCCUGAAAGGCUACACUGGAGUGGAUGAGGAUGACUAUAGUAUCGCUGUCUACACGCAGAAUGCCGUCUUCGACAGGCUGUUUUACGUCCUUGAUCAGUACAGCCAGCUGGACCAGCUCUCUGUGGGGCCGAUCAGUUAUGCUGAGGAUGAAGAUGGAAAGCUGCUGCCUCUCACCAUCUGUAAAGAGUACUACAAAAGAGGCAGCCUUGAGCCUUCUAAUGAGUCUUAUGAUAUUGAUGCCCGGCUAGAAACAGGUAGUUUUUGUAAUCGAAGUUUAGCGAUCAUCACAUUUGAUAACCAGUGUCAUAGUGGGAAGGUAAAGUUAUUUCUGGAUAUAGAUGCUGAAAGCAGUGCAUGCAAAGACUGGAAGAUAUCUGGAACAGCUCAGAAGAACACGCAUUAUCUGCUGGUGUUUGAUGCCUUCGUCAUUCUGGUUUGCAUAACAUCAGCCGCAUUAUGCACCCGCUCCAUCAUACUGGCUGUCAGGUUACUCCAGAGAUUCUCACAAUUCUUUCAAGAGCACUUCCAUCGGAAAGUGUGUGAAGAUGACCAGAGUGAGUUUCUAAAUGGCUGGUACGUGUUGGUCAUCAUCAGUGACCUGCUGGCAAUAAUUGGCUCAAUACUGAAGAUGGAAAUUCAAGCAAAGAGUCUGACAAGUUAUGAUGUCUGCAGCAUCUUCCUUGGAACCUCUACAUUACUGGUAUGGGUUGGUGUGAUCAGGUACCUGGGAUACUUCCAGAAAUAUAAUGUCCUGAUUUUAACAAUGAAGGCAGCCUUCCCUAAAGUUCUUCGUUUCUGCUGCUGUGCUGGCAUGAUCUACCUCGGUUACACGUUCUGCGGGUGGAUUGUACUGGGACCGUACCACGAAAAGUUCGAGGGCCUGAGUCGGGUUGCAGAGUGCCUCUUCUCCUUACUGAAUGGGGACGACAUGUUUACCACCUUUGCCCAGCUAAAGGACAAGAAUACCCUGGUGUGGCUCUUCAGUCGGGCUUACCUUUACUCCUUCAUCUCCCUGUUCAUCUACAUGGUGUUGUCCCUUUUCAUCGCUCUCAUCACAGACUCUUAUGAGACAAUUAAGAACUACCAGAGGCAUGGGUUCCCGUUGACUGACUUGCAAAAGUUCCUUCAGGGUCAUAAAGAUUUUCCUGUGCAGGAAGAAAAUGGCCAAACAGAAGUUGAGCUCAGUAACUCUAUAAACCGCUGCUGCUGCUGCCAACGGUACGACAGCAAUGCCAAGAUACUUCACUAAUGUUCAAACCCUUAUGAUGGAAAAUGUGUGUAUGGAACAUGAAAUCCAUUUUGAGUCAUGUGCCUACCUGAGAUUUACAAGUUGAUCCUAAAUGUCAGAGGCACCAGCCUCUGGGGUCAUACACCUCCACCUUUCUCAGCUCUUCCUCUUGAUGAGGUUUUGCUCUCCAAGUGGUACUUGUUAGUUUCAUUUGCAAACAUGGACACAGUUGUUACAAGUUGAGCUGUAAUGCUGACAUUUUGGGUUGAGCCUGAUAUGGAAAUGAAUUGCUUGAUGGUUGGAAAAUAAA